AAGGGUUAUUUUUCGUCGCCUGACACGUGUGUUCUUCUUCCCCAAAAGCUAUCUAAAAGCUACAGUAUUCGUCUCCAAGUAAAGCGAGCCGGGAGAAGAAGGGAAGAAGAUGAAGGUGAAGGAGAUAGCUCGAACUGCGAACGUUGCCUGGUCUCCUGCGACCAUGCAAGACGUACACAUCGCCUGUGGAACCGUCGCGCAGCAACUGGACGCCACAUUCAGUACAAGCGCAAGGCUGGAAGUGUUUUCGCUGGAUUUGGCGUCGUCUGGACUUGCCGUGCCACUGGCUGGAACUGUUGACUCACCUCUGAGGUUUCACAAGCUGGCCUGGUCGGCCCAUGGUCAGGAAGGGGUUAACGCGUGUGGGGUCAUAGCAGGUGGAUCUGACAAUGGAACUAUCACCCUCUGGGCCGCCGACAAAAUCAUCGGUGAUACAGAAGGGGCCCAGUUGAAACAAAUGAUCCACCAUACCGGUCCGGUCCGAACCAUCGACUUUAACCCUUUCCAGCCCAAUCUCCUCGCCUCCGGAGGCAACGACUCCGAAAUAUUCAUCUGGGACUUGAACAAUCCCGACAGCCCCAUGUCGCCCGGCAACAAGCUCCACCCACUGGAAGACAUUAGUGGCGUAGCCUGGAACAGACAGGUACAACACAUAAUUGCGUCUACUUCUCCCAGCGGAAAAUCUGUCUUAUGGGACUUGAGAAAAAACGAGCCAAUCAUUCAGGUGGCAGAUCCGAAUGCCAGGGUCCACUGCAAUGCCAUUAGCUGGCAUCCAGACGUUGCUACUCAGAUGGUUACUGCUUCUGGAGACGAUCGCAGCCCUGUCGUCCAGCUCUGGGACCUGAGGUUUGCCACCUCGCCAAUGAGAACUCUGGAGCGACACAAGAAAGGGAUCCUCUCCCUCGCCUGGUGCCCGCAGGACUCUGACCUCUUGCUCACCGCAGCAAAAGACAACCUCGUCUUGUGUUGGAAUCCUAACAGCGACAUCCCUGGAGGAGAAGUGGUGUACGAGCUACCGGCCACCUCUCAGUGGAUAUUUGAGGUUCACUGGUGUCCCAGAAACCCCUCCAUGAUCAGCACCGCCUCGUUCGAUGGUCAUGUGACCAUGUACUCCCUGUUAGGGGGCGGGGUUUCCGCUCAUGAGGAACCUGCUGAACAGCCACUUCAACAAUCAGACGAUCCAUUUGCAAACCUUGCACCAAAGCCUCGACAACAACCUGUCGAAACCACACCCCUCAAGAAGCCACCCAAGUGGUUCCGCAGACCUUGCGGAGCCAGAUUCUCCUUUGGUGGAAAACUGGUGUCAUUUCGUCACGACAAUUCUCGCUCCGUACGUGUCAGUCAGGUGGUGACUGAAGAAGCUCUAUUAGAACGUUCCUCGUCCUUGAAACGGCCGUCUCUGAACAAGAUUUCUCAAACUUUUGUUCCGAGAAAGCCUCUCGUUCAACCGAUACUUCGGAACAGAACAUCUGGAACUUUCUAAAGGUGACCUUUGAACCUGACACCCGCAGGCAGUAUCUCCGUCUCCUUGGUUACGACACGGAGGAACUAGAUCAAAAGCUGUCGAGAUUUCGGUCGGGCGCCAUAGCGACAGGAUCGGGGCCGGGGCCAAUUGAUCCCAGUGACCUUUCUCAGCGUCUCUCGUCUCUUCCUCUGGAAGGAGAGGGGGAGGAGGAGGGGGAGAGUGCGCCUAUAUUUGGAGCUUCAGAAGAUGAUACUGGAGGAGAUGGUGUGUUUGACAACAUCACCAACCAAACUCAGCCCCAUAAACCAACCUCUUCUCCCAAGAAGCCUCUUUCAAUUGUCACCACUGAUGAUGUCGAUGGAGCUCUAUCGAAGGCUUUGCUGGUCGGGAAUUUCGAGGCUGCCGUUGAUAUUUGCAUUGGACAUGGACGAAUGGCUGAAGCUAUGGUUCUGGCCAUCGCUGGAGGUGCAGAUCUCCUCCAAAAGACACAACAAACCCUCUUCCAACAGCAAGAAACACAAAUCAGUCGCUUGAUGUCAGCCAUUGUCAAUCGGGACUGGACACAGCUGGUGCGAGUCUGUUGCCUUGACAAUUGGCGAGAAGUUUUGGCCGCUCUCGUCACUUACGCUGGUCCCGAUGAGUUCUCUUCCCUCUGCGAUUUGCUGGGAGAGAGACUGGAGUGCGAGGACGAAGGUCGUUACCGUGACAAUGCCAACCUCUGCUACAUCUGCUCCGGGAACGUUGACAAAUUCGUGGAAUGCUGGAACAAGACGGCACGAGGUUCCCAAGUGAGUGCAGUGGCACUACAAGAUCUGAUGGAAAAGGUGGUGCUCCUCAAAAGAGCAGUGGAGAGAGAGAGGAAGCAACUGUCUUCGACUACCAGCUCUGUUGUUGCAGAAAAAUUCAGGGCCUAUGCUGGGAUAUUGGCAUCACAAGGCUCUCUGGCUACCGCACUGCGCUACCUGGAGUUGAGCGGGACGAGUGUAAGACAUUUCUGAGUGUUUUUCUAAUGCCACGUCAGUAGAGUUACUUCGUCCUGAAUUAUACAACAUUACAUCAUCACCAA